UCCUCUUCUCUCCCGUAAUAACAGUUGAAGGAACACCGGAGCUGCAGGUGUUGGUGCUGUCUGAACUAAGAUGUUACCUUUAUCCAUUAAAGAUGACGAAUAUAAACCUGCCAAGUUCAACCUGCUCCUCAAGCUCUCUGGCUGGUUCAGAUCCAUCCUGGCUGACAAGACAUCUCGGAAUUUAUUUUUCUUCCUGUGCCUCAAUCUGUCUUUUGCCUUUGUGGAGUUAAUGUACGGCAUAUGGAGUAACAGUUUAGGGCUGAUAUCAGAUUCCUUCCACAUGUUUUUCGACUGCACAGCACUUCUGGCAGGUCUCGCAGCGUCAGUGAUUUCACGGUGGAGGUCCAACGACUCCUUCUCAUACGGUUAUGUGAGAGCAGAAGUGCUGGCGGGUUUCGUCAACGGCCUCUUCCUCAUCUUCACUGCUUUUUUUAUUUUCUCUGAAGGAGUGGAGAGAGCGUUAGAACCUCCGGAUGUACAUCACGAGCGUUUGCUGCCUGUGUCCAUUGCAGGGCUUCUCGUCAACCUCGUCGGCGUCUUCGUGUUCCAGCAUGGAGGACACGGACAUUCUCAUGGUGGAGAAGGUCAUGGGCACAGCCACUCUCUUUUUAAUGGAAGUGUGGGCCACGGACACGGCCACGGCGGACACGGGCACAGCCACGAUUCCAAGCACGGACACGGACACGAUCACGGACAUGAUCACGGACACAGUCACGAUCACGGACAUGAACACGGACACAGUCACGAUCAUGGACACGGCCAUUCACACGAAGGCCCUCACUGCCACGAUGAUCCCUUGCUCAGGCCAGAGAAAGGCUCCAACAAACAGAUCUUACAAGGAGUUUUUCUCCACAUCGUCGCCGAUACGUUGGGAAGCAUCGGCGUCAUCAUCUCGGCCUUCCUCAUGCAGAAGUACGACCUGAUGAUCGCUGAUCCAAUCUGCUCCAUGCUCAUCGCCCUUCUCAUAGGUGUCAGUGUGGUUCCUUUGCUGAGAGAAUCCAUCGGGAUCCUGAUGCAGCGAACUCCACCUGCACUCGACAACACCCUCCCAGAGUGCUAUCAGAGAGUGCAGCAGCUGCAGGGUGUGUAUAACUUGCAGGAGACGCAUUUCUGGACACUGUGUACAGACGUCUACAUCGGUACCUUGAAACUCCUCGUGGCACCAGACGCUGAUUCACGAUGGAUCCUCAGUCAGACGCACAACAUUUUCACACAGGCUGGAGUAAGGCAGCUGUAUGUUCAGAUCGAUGUGGCAGCCAUGUAGGAGUUAAUCCCUAAUUCAGGAUUCCUGGGACCAAAGCCCUCUGUGCUGCUACCAAAAGCUCAUCACCAAACCUGCCCUCUUCUCUCUUUUUUGCCCCUUUUUGUAAUUUUUCUGGGGUUUUUCGACACCGUUAUCACCCAGUCGGACAAAUCCUGAGCGGCCGAAGUGCAGUGCAGUACGGUACACUGACUCUUCCCAGGAAAACCAAACAGCUUGAAGGCUACAUUGGGAGCCCCUGGUCAAGAGCUGUCCAUAUUCCUAAUUCUUUGUUUUUUUAAUAUCCCUUAAAGACUUUGAUCUGUAUUUGGUGUCUCGUCCUCAUUACAGUAAGGAAUGAGGUUUUAAUUUUGUAUUUGCUUAAGAAGGAAAAGCCUCCAGCAGUAUGUAAAGUGAAUCGUCAUAGUAUUUUCUCUGCGGUCUGACGGCUUUUCAGCUGCAGGCGUCGGUCACUCGCGUUAUCCCGCACUUCAAUACUUCAAUUCAGAAUCACACUUUGUUCUCUUAAGUGCCUUCCCCCCCCCUGGUGGAUCUCUCGGACAAUCUCCCACAUGUCUCGUUCAUCCGACAUCGCUUAUAGGGCCUUUUAACAUUCCUUUGCCUUUUUUUUUUUUAAACUGCAGUGUUCUCUGAUCGAUUCACUGAUCUAUUUCUCAGAUCUCUGCGUCAUGAAUGAAACACCAGCUUUAUUCAUCCACAAACGGAUCUGAUGAGCCACUAAUAUGUGAAGUCCAUAAUUUAAUUGCCCGUCUGGAUUUAAAAAAAUAAUAAUCUGCGCCACUGGCCAGUACAUUUGUGCAAUUCAAUAAAUUAUCUCGGCAUCUGAUUUUAUUUUUAUUUUUUGCAUUUGAUGGAAUAAAAUCAUUACUAUCAAA